GAGAAGGAAAAGGAAAAAGGAAGAGUGGUCAGCGGGGGCCGAGGGUAGAGACGAGAGCAGGCGUGAGUGUGUGAGUCAGGGACGUUUGCGGGUUCUUUCAGCGCUGCACUGACUUCACACAGAGCUGCCAUGAAGCCUUCUAGACUGACGCACUCCACUCUCCUGACAGUUAACUGCUGUCAUUGUCCGCGGCUUUAAAUGUCCUCUGCCAUGGCCAAGCGUGAGGCUGGGAGCACCAGCCCUGUGGUGCGUCAGAUAGACAAGCAGUUUCUGGUCUGCAGCAUCUGUCUGGAUCACUAUCGCAACCCCAAGGUCCUGCCCUGCCUGCACACCUUCUGUGAAAGUUGUCUGCAGAACUACAUUCCCCCAGAGUCCCUGACACUCUCGUGUCCAGUGUGUCGGCAGACGUCCAUCCUGCCAGAGAAGGGAGUUUGCGCUCUGCAGAACAACUUCUUCAUCACUAAUCUCAUGGAGGUCCUUCAACGAGAACCAGAGUGCUCGCGGCCUGAGGCCUGCAGUGUGCUGGAGUCAGUCAGCGCUGCAGCUGCAGGGAAGCCUCUCUGCUGCCCAAACCAUGAGGGAAAGGUGAUGGAGUUCUACUGCGAGUCAUGUGAGACAGCCAUGUGUCUGGAGUGUACAGAGGGCGAGCACCGGGAGCAUGUGACCGUUCCUCUCCGGGAUGUCGUGGAACAGCACAAGGCUGCGCUGAAGACGCAGCUGGAUGCCAUACGCAGCAGGCUCCCUCAGCUAACAGUAGCCAUUGAGCUGGUGAGUGAGAUCUCUCGACAGCUGAAUGAAAGGAAGAAUGAGGCAGUAGCAGAGAUCAUCAGUACUUUUGAAGAGCUGGAACGGGUGCUGCAUCAGCGCAAGACGGCCCUUAUCACAGACCUGGAGAACAUCUGCAGCACUAAGCAAAAGGUUCUACAGGCCCAGCUUUCAUCUCUCCUCCAGGGGAAGGAACACAUCCAGAGCAGCUGCAACUUUACAGAGCAGGCUCUCAGCCACGGAAGUGCCACUGAGGUCCUGCUGGUUCAGAAGCAGAUGAGCGAGCGGGUGACAGCGCUGGCCAGACACGACUUCCCGGAGAAACCGCAUCAGAACGCACACCUGGACUGUCAGGUGGAGACUGAAGGUCUGCGACGCUCCAUCCAGAACCUGGGUGUUCUCAUCACCACAGCAGCUGUUGCUCACACCUCCGUCGCCACAGGAGAAGGCCUCCGCCACGCAGCAACCGGGCAGCACCACACUAUUACUGUGACAACAAAGGACAAAGACGGGGAGUUGGUUCGGACAGGAAAUGCUGUUUUAAAAGCAGAGAUAACGUCUGCUGACGGGAACCGGGCUGCAGAGACGGAGAUAACGGACAAUAAGAACGGAACAUACGAGGUGGGCUACACGGUACGCUCUGAGGGGGAGUACUCAUUCGCUCUGUUGCUGUACGGACAGCCGAUACGAGGCAGUCCUUUCCGCCUGCGGGCAGUCAAGCCGUCAGAUGUUCCGCAAUCCCCAGAUGACGUGAAGAGGAGGGUGAAGUCCCCCAGUGGGACUGGAGGCCACAUACGGCAGAAAGCGGUGCGACGGCCUUCCAGCAUGUACAGCACCACCAAGAAAAAGGAGAAUCCCAUUGAGGACGAGCUCAUCUACAGAGUGGGUUCUCGGGGCAGAGAGAAAGGGGAGUUCACAAACCUGCAAGGAAUCUCAGCCUCUAGUAACGGCAGAGUGGUGGUGGCAGACAGCAACAACCAGUGCAUUCAGGUGUUCUCCAACGACGGCCAGUUCAAGAUGCGCUUUGGGGUCAGAGGUCGAUCUCCGGGGCAGCUGCAAAGACCGACGGGCGUCACUGUGGACAUGAACGGUGACAUUGUGGUGGCCGACUAUGACAAUCGAUGGGUCAGCAUUUUCUCCUCUGACGGCAAGUUUAAGAAUAAAAUCGGCGCAGGCCGGCUCAUGGGUCCUAAAGGUGUGGCAGUGGAUAAGAAUGGACACAUCAUCACUGUGGACAACAAGGCCUGCUGUGUCUUCAUCUUUCAAUCCAACGGGAAGCUUGUGACUAAGUUCGGAGGCAGGGGGACGUCCGACAGGCAGUUUGCAGAAAAACUUGGCCCAAACUUUAAUAAAUCUGGCUCAGUGUUCAGUCCACACUUUGUUGCUGUCAACAACAAGAAUGAAAUCAUAGUGACCGAUUUUCAUAAUCACUCUGUGAAGGUGUACAGUGCCGAUGGAGAGUUCCUGUUUAAAUUCGGCUCUCAUGGUGAAGGCAACGGCCAGUUCAAUGCUCCCACCGGUGUGGCUGUGGAUGCCAACGGAAACAUCAUCGUAGCCGACUGGGGAAACAGCAGAAUACAGGUGUUUGACAGCACGGGGUCCUUCUUGUCCUACAUUAACACCUCGGCAGACCCACUCUACGGCCCCCAGGGCCUCGCCCUCACCUCAGACGGACACGUGGCUGUUGCAGACUCUGGCAAUCACUGCUUCAAAGUUUACAGAUAUCUGCAGUAGACUGAGGGAAGACAUCGCCAGCUCCUGCUUAAAAACAUAAAUGGCCCACACUGCUUGUAGACAUAGAGCUGCAACGUGCCUGCACACUUUACAGAGGCCCCAUAUCCACAAAUCAACUUCCUACUCAACUUUUCUGUACAUACUUUAGAGGUUCUCAUAUCCAGAGUCGAAGGCGAAGACAGGACAACAAAAAUUUAGAAGAAAAACAACAUAAAAUCCAUAAAAUUGUGCAGUUCUGCAUUUUUUAAAAAAGAGACAAAAUAGGCAACUUAUUUCCAAAACUAUUGCAAAAUUAGUUCCUUCUCUCAGUGCAAAAAUAAAAAAAAAAUCAAAAAAACCCAACAAAUUCAGAGAAAUAAUGGUUUAAAGGAUAUACAAUUUUACUCAGGAAUAAAUCAUCCUGCAAUUAGAUAUUUCUCGAUCUUAUUGGUUUGUCUACUUUAAACUGUCUUUAAGCUUUGAACUAGUGCUGUUAACCAAAUCCACAGAGGAAAAAAAAGAAGAGAAAAGAAAAGAAUAAACCUCUGGCACAAGGCCUUUCAGCUCUAUUUGUCUAAGUGUAACUUCACCAGUAGACAGCCUGUCAGUUGGCUAACUUGGUGAUACACUGCAAUUUUUUUUUUGGGCAACGCAGAUGGGCAACACAAAACAUGCAAACCAGCAAACAAAGCGAGACACAGAAGCGUACGUUUUCCAACCUGUUUCCUGAUGCUUUGGGAUUGAAACAAUAAUGCUCAGGCUUCCCUUUGAACACUGUUGCAUGUCAGUGUGCUCCAAAAAAAAAUUUACCUUGUUGUCACUGCCUUACUAUGUUUUCUAUCAGUGAACGCAACACAACCAACAGGAAUGUGCUGUUUUAAAAAAAAAAAAAAAAAAAGGAUUUUGUUUGUUACAUUCUGCACCUUAUCACUCUGAGAUUAUUCGUUUCUUUUCAGUCGUAUGAUAAGUUGACCUAUAUGCAAGUUGUUUUGUUUUGGUACCCAAAGACGAGCAUCAAGAAGCACAAAAUGCGAUACGUGAACCAGCUCUGCUUAAAGUCGGAUCCCUUCUGGCUGAUCUUUCUCUUCUAAUAACCAAAACAGACUUCAUAUAUCUCACCCCACUAGUUCUUGCACUUUCGUCUCUUCAUACCUACAACCUACUGUAGUUGUACAUAUUUACUAGGUGUAUAUAAGGAUUUGGUGUCCAUGUUAUUUCACUAUAUAGCCUACUUAUUCCAGCACUUAAACGGAAUCAAGGUCAUGCCAAGUAGUAGCCAACUGAAUGACUGAAACAUCAAUGGAACAAAGUUGUAUACACAUUAUUUGCUGUAUUUUAUUUUUUCAAAGGAUUUAAUUUAUUUUUAAUUUUCUUUUCUACAUAAUUUGUUCUACAAAUUAUUUUUCUAAUUGGUGCAUUUGAACUGUCUCCUCUUUGCCAAACAUCGUUGUACAUUGUAACUUGUAGCACUGACGGCUGUUUCUCUCCUUCGCCUCUUGCCCAAAAAAAAGCUCAACACCCGGUAACUUUUUCCCCUUCCGCCAAAAACGUAUCGUCGUAAGUUGUCGUUGAACAUUGCACAGAAUACAAAUAUUAUAAGAGUUAUAUAGUUUGCAAGAGUAAUAUAUGCCUCUAUGUAUAGUUCAUAUAACAUAAUCAGAAAGUGUACUGUAUAUUACAAUCAUAUUCUCGUUGUAGCUGACAAGCACCUUUAUCAUGGAUUUUUCCGGCAUUCAUUUGCUCUGUAGUUCCGUGUUUUGAAGGUUAUUUCAUCCUAGAGGAAACACAACACCAGCUAAAAACGCAGUGACAGAUUUUUCUUUCUUUUCCACCUGUGUUUUAUGAAAACUCUGUCCCCAGUAACUGAUCCCUGAUUCAUUCUGUCUGUUCAUUUUCCAUUUAUUGACAGAUUAAGUUCUCUUCCCUCUUCCGUUUUAUUAGACCCCUGUGUUACUGUGGUUUUAUUUUUUAUUUUUAUGUCUAUGCCUUUAAAUGUCACUGACCUAUUUGUGUGAAACAACUGAUAGCACAUAUAAAUAAAACACUACAUCAACAAUUGUGUGUACAACCGUAUACUACAAGAGGCCAGACUUUACAAGAAGUAAUCAUCACACUUGUGUAAUCAUGGAAAAGAUAUGAUUGUAAAUUAAAGAAUGACACUAUCAA